GUCUCCGGUGUCCUCUGAUUGGUCCGUUAUAACGAUUCACUUCCGGAGUCAGAGUCGCUGUGUUUACAAGCGGAGGUGUGUUCAUGUUGGCGUUGGAUUGUGUCUUCUCACAGCUUCACCACAUCAUUCAGGUCCAUCAUGUCUGAGGAAGACCUGGUUUCAGUGGACUAUGAAAUCUUUGGUAGAGUACAGGGUGUGUUUUUCCGUAAAUACACUCAGGCAGAGGGGAGGAAGCUCGGCCUGGUUGGAUGGGUCCAGAACACGCGCGCAGGAAGUGUUCAGGGGCAGCUGCAGGGGCCACGCAGCAAGGUGAAACAAAUGCAGGAAUGGUUGAAAUCCACUGGGAGCCCCAAGUCACACAUAGCCAAGGCGGAGUUCAAGAAUGAAAAGACUGUCGACAGCCUAGAACACUCCUCUUUUAAUGUAGUGAAAUAAGAUUUAUCCACAGAUGAUGUCUACAGUAUUAACUUUCAAGCAAAUGUGUUAUUUAUUUAGUCUUUUUAUUUUAUUGGAAUGCAACUUAAUAGUUAAUUUAGAAUGAGUUAAAUAUGCGUGUUAAAUCUCCUUAACCGCAAUAGUAUAAUAAAAGUAAAAUUACAAAA